UAUAUAUACGUUAAUAAUCUUUGGAAGCACGGGGCAUGUGACGCGUAUAGACCCCUAUUGUAGAUCCGGCCAAACAUCCUCGUGCAACAUUUUUCGUGAAUCUUUGACGUUGUAUGUUCACCAACUAACCUGCUAAUCGAAGUUAAGUACAUUCCGUAUUCGACAUUAUCGACAUAUCUCCUAACGUUGAUACGCAUUAAAAUAGACAGUGGCGCGAAAAAUUACUGCAUGCUGUCUCUUUCUCUUUCAUUUUCCAACGUUGGCGGGAACGUAUUAGAAAGGCGGGAAACGUGAGCUUGUGAUCUAUUCGAUCGGUAAACGAACGAGUUUUCCUUCACAGAUUCCGUCAUCCUCGUGAUGACUCGUAAACAUUACUUGAAGCGUAACGUUACCCGGCGAAUGAAAGAUGAAACGCACGAGAACGAACCAGGUUCCAGCAGGAAAAAAAUACAUCAACGCAGCAAGAAAAGCACAGAAUUUGAUGGAGCAGCAGAGCAAGACGGUGAACUAGAUUCAACAAUUAAAUCAGAUUCAACUGAAAUAAAAAUGGAAAUACAAAAGGAAAAUAUUACUCGAGAAUUCGACAAAGAAAAUUAUGAUCCAGAAACGAAUCAAGAAGAAACGAAGGAAAAUCCAGAAAAAAAAAUAAAAACGGAAAAUAAUACAAAAACAAUUGAAUUAAGAGUUCAAAAUAACAAGAAGACAUCUGUUGCGGUAGAACGAUGUCAAUACUGUAGACAUGUUUUAAAUAAUGAUAUAGAACUGUAUCAAGGACAUCCAAAUGGAGCAGUCGAAGAACAGAUAGCUUUAACGGAUCCUAAGCUGUGUUUAUUUACUGGAAACGAAUCUUUUAUAGACGAGAACGAUGAGAGGCCGCAAAAUAAAUUAACUCAUUUUAAUGUUUAUGACAUAAACGGACAUUUAUGUCCUUUCGACACGGGGCUUAUAGAAAAAAACGUCUUAUUAUAUUUUUCCGGGUACAUGAAAGCUAUUUACGAAGAAGAUCCUUCUCCUGAAGGAGGUAUUCCGACAAAAGAUAUGGGACCGAUAAAUGAGUGGUAUAUUACUGGUUACGAUGGAGGCGAAAUGGCAUUAAUCGGUUUCUCUACUGCAUUUGCGGAAUACAUUUUGAUGGAACCAUCUGAAGCUUAUGCGCCGUUGAUGGAUGCCGUUAAAGAGAAGAUAUAUAUGAGCAAAAUGGUUAUAGAAUUUUUGAUACAUUCUUAUACAUUUCUUGAAAUUGAACCAGAGUACGAGGAUCUGUUAAACAAACUUCAAACGACGGUACCGCCCAAAGAAACGAUGAGAUUUACGGAGGAUACGCUGUUACGACAUGCGCAAUUUAUUUGCGAUCAAGUUUCAUCAUCAGAUAAUAGUGCCGGUCCUGACGACACUCUUCUCAUCACAGCACCAUGUAUGCGAUCUCUUAUGCAUCUUUCUGGCGUUACUUUAGGUGGAAAAUCAGCUAUCCGUCGAACAAAACGUGAGCGAAAGAUUAAACAGCCCUCCUGGUCAAUGGCAACUACGACAAAAUUAGUUAACAAUAUGUUCGAAAAUAUAUUUGCUGGCCAAUUAGCUAAACAUGAUAAUCGUAAGGUAGGACCUAAGAGAAGGCGUUGCGGUGUUUGUGAGAACUGUCAGCAGCCUGAGUGUGGCAUUUGCCAUGCUUGUAAAGACAUGCUAAAAUUUGGAGGCAAAGGAAUUUAUAAACAAGCAUGCAUUAACAGAAGGUGUCCAAAUUUGGCGAUUCAGGAAGCAGAUGAUUCUGAUGAAGAACAAUAUGAAAAUGAAGAGCAAUAUGGUAGUUUAAAAGAUAAAACUAUACAAGAAAAAAAAAAUGAAGAUUUUAAAGAUCUUAAGAAAGCUGCAAUAUGGGAAGGAAAGGAUAAAAUUGUUAACAAGCAUAAAACAUUUUAUAAAUCAGUUAUAGUUGGCGGCGAAAAAAUCGAAAUAAAUGAUUAUGUUUUGUUGGAACCUAAAAAUCCAACAAUUUCUGCACAAAUUUACAAAGUUAUGUAUAUGUGGGGUACCAAAACUGGAGAGAAACGGUUUCACGGAAUUCAUUUUCGUAGAGGUACUGAUACUGUACUUGGAGAAACAUCAGAUCCUAUGGAAUUGUUUUUAACUGACCAAUGCAUUGAGGCAUCAUUUACUUCUGUUAGAGCAAAGGCAACUGUUAUCUAUAAAAAAAUGCUUGAUAAUUGGGCUGAAUUAGGUAAUAUAGACGUGGAUGACGAUAUAAAAGAUACGGAUGGCAGGACGUUUUUUUAUCAAAAGAGAUAUGAUCAUGACAGUGCUCGAUUUGAAGAUCCACCACCAAAUCCAGAAUGUCCGAAAAAUCACGAUAGUUAUCGAUUUUGUCCGGCUUGUAUCCAAUUAGCCAUGAUAAUGCAAAGUAAUAUACCCAAGGUCUACAAUCUAAUAGAAAAAAGAAGCAGCAAGGAAAUAAUUUAUGAAUUAAUAAGAUAUAAAGGUGAAGAGUAUAGAGUCGGUACUGCAGUAUUCUUGCAUCCAGAUGCUUUUACAUUCAAACAUAAACGAAAAUAUCAAGAAUCGAAAAAGCCACAAAUAAAAGAUGUAAAUGAAGAUAUGUAUCCAGAAUUAUAUAGAAAGCUGGAUGAAAGACCAAUAUUGUCAAACUCUGACACACCUGAACCUUUUCAUAUUGGUUAUAUUAACAUGAUAUAUGCUACAACGACUUCAUUACCGCUGCCCUCUGAUAUUUUUAUUAAAGUAAACAAAAUGUACAGACCGGAAAAUACUCACCGAGAUUUAGCCUUAAUGGAGCAAUCGGACAUUAAUAUGAUAUAUUGGAGCAAUGAGAUAUGCACAGUAAAUAUUUCUAUGAUCGCUGGUAAAUGCUAUCUGGCCUACUUUAGAAACAUGAGUGAAUCUAUUGAAGAAUGGUCAAUUGGCGGUCCAAACAGAUUCUAUUUUACUGAAUCUUACAAUCCUAAAGAAAUGACAUUCGACGAACCACCUUAUGAUAUUAUUAAUACGAGUAAAUAUGGGAAGGGAAAAGGCAAAGGAAAGGGAAAAGGAAAAUUAGCAAAGAAAAUGGAAGAAACUGAAGAAAAAGAGAUUUUUGAGAAACCCAUAGACUAUAUUACUAUACCAAGAAAAUUACAGAUGUUGGACAUAUUUGCUGGAUGUGGAGGAUUAUCCGAAGGAAUGCAUCAAGCGGGUAUAGCAGAGAGUUUGUGGGCAAUUGAGAGAGAGGAGACCGCAGCAAAUGCGUUUCGGUUGAACAAUCCGAAGGCUACAGUUUUUUCGGAUGAUUGCAACAAGUUGUUACGAAAAGUGAUGAAUGGUGAUCAAGUAGAUGAUAAAGGUCAAAAACUUCCUCAGAAAGGAGAGGUUGAACUUAUAUGUGGCGGCCCACCAUGUCAGGGUUUCAGCGGCAUGAAUCGCUUUAAUUCACGACAGUAUUCAUUAUUUAAAAAUUCUCUCAUUGUCUCAUUUCUAUCUUACUGUGACUAUUAUAGACCGAAAUUUUUUGUAAUGGAAAACGUACGAAAUUUCGUAUCUUGCAAAAAAGGAAUGGUGUUAAAAUUAACUUUAAGAUGUCUCCUUCGUAUGGGCUAUCAGUGUACCUUUGGUAUUCUUCAAGCCGGAAGUUAUGGCGUGCCGCAAACGCGAAAAAGGAUGAUACUUAUAGCUGCUGCACCUGGAGAGAUACUUCCAAAGUAUCCAGAACCGACGCAUGUGUUCAGUAAACAUUGCUGCUCCUCGACUGUAUUGGUGGAUAACGAGAAGUACGAAAUAAAAUUUGAACGAAAGGAUUCUGCUCCAUAUAGAAAUAUUACUGUCAAAGAUGCCUUAUAUGAUCUACCACCAAUUAGAAGUGGUUCGAACGAAGAAGAGAUGUCUUAUAAUACGGAACCAAUAACGCAUUUCCAAAGAAAGAUGAGAAGUAAACCGCACCGAUCAGUAUUGACGGAUCAUAUAUGUAAAGAGAUGAGUCCACUUGUAGAAGCGCGAAUGAGCUAUAUACCAACGACGAUUGGUUCUGACUGGCGCGAUUUGCCGAAUAUUGUGGUGCGACUGAGCGACGGUACUUUUACCAACAAAUUAGAAUAUUUAUAUGAUGAUCCGAAGGUUGGGAGAAACUCACAGAAUGGAUUUCGCGGAGUAUGCAGUUGCUGUAGUGGUCAAUCAUGCGAUCCCACUGAUAGGCAAUGUAAUACUCUGAUUCCAUGGUGCUUACCACAUACCUCGAACCGACAUAAUAAUUGGAAGGGUUUAUACGGAAGACUUGAUUGGAAUGGAUUUUUUAGUACGACUAUUACCAAUCCGGAACCGAUGGGUAAACAGGGUCGAGUCUUGCAUCCAGUACAAAGUCGAGUUGUCAGCGUGAGGGAGUGCGCGAGAUCCCAAGGUUUUACCGAUUCCUAUCGCUUCUUCGGUACAAUACUCGAUAAAUAUCGACAAAUCGGUAAUGCUGUACCACCACCAUUGGCAGCUGCUAUUGGCCACGAAAUAAGAAAGUGCAUCCGUAAUGUGACAUUGAAUACAUCUAAGUCUAUAAACGAUUAUAGUGCUGAAGCGACAACAAGUUUUAAUAAUAGUCUGAACGAAAGUCUUAAUAAAAAUCACAAUAAAAGUCUCAACAAAGGUCUUGAUGAAAAUGAAGACGAUGUUUCUGACACGGCAAUAGCUGACGAUAACAAUAAUGAAAAUCGAUGAUGUUUUGUUUUAUUAAUGAAGCGAGAAAAAUUAUUAAACAAAAUAGUAUAAUGUUGGUUUUACAUUUUAUUUUAAUUUAAUAUUAAGUAGUAAAUAAUAUUUCUGUAUACAUUAUACUUUGAUGUCUGAUGUUGAAUAUAUAUUGACAAGGAUAAACUUGUUAUAAGUAUUGUAUUUCAUACAAGCUUUUUUAUUUUAAAAUUGUUCGAUUAAGCUAUACUUGCAUUCUUUGAUUUUUCAAAAAUACCAUUCUUCUUUUAACACCAUUUUUCACUUUACAUACUCACAUAUUAAUAAUUAUAAUACAAAACAUAUUUCAUACUUGCCUCCUUGUUCAAUGCACAUAAAUAAAGGCAGAGAGUGGAUAAAAAAA